AUGGAUUCCCACGAGCAUCCAAUUGACAAAGCUCGGUGGUUACAAGAUGAGUGCAUCAAAGCCGACCGGAAUUUCUUUGUCAUGUGGGAUCAGUGGGUGCCACCAGAGUUGUGGCCAACUCCAUCCCCUCAAAAAGACAUGAUUCCUGUUGGUCUCAACAAAUUUUGCAUUCGACCUAAACUACCAACUACAUCCCACACAAUUCAACCAAAGAAACAUCCAUCCUCAGUCAUGCAAACACGACCAGAUCGUGCAGACGCACUUUCCAAGAAAUAUUUUGGCCAUGAAAUCUUUGACAUGUGCUGGAGCACUGAAGCCGAUGACCCACCAACCAUGGAGACGCCGACUAGAACAUCAUCAGCCAGUGAACACUUUAGAGGUCAAACAUUCGACAUGUGCUGGGACACUGAGGUUGAUCUGGCGCCAAUCGUGAGUGAGGAUGCAGCGAGACCUGCUGCCGCAGGUCAGUACAAUCUUUGUGGGGACAAUGAACUGGACCCAUCAAAGGUCGACUCACCGCCAAUAGUGGAGCCGGUGACUAUCGAGACUCCGACCAUGGAUGUCGCCAUACCAUCGGCAGCUGGUCAAUAUGAUAUGUGUUGGGAGGACUGGCCGUCUGCAUCAGCAGUGGGUUAUGAAGCCAAUUUUGACAUGUGCUGGGAAGAUUCACCAUUGGGCGGAGGUGAUGACCUUCGCACUGGUGGGACCACUGCACCGGCAAUCAACUUGGUCAACUCAGCUGCUAACACACAGCAGUUGUCUGAGAGUCACUCCGCUGGCACUCAGGCUUUCUACGACAUGGGCUUUGGCCAUGGCUCACCGGAUACAUCUCUAGUACCAAGAGAUGGCUCACCGAGCAACAUGUUUGAAACCACCGAGGAUUUGCUGCAUCGAGCAACUCUGAGGCUGGAAAGCAUCGACACUUUAAUGAGAGAUGACCUAGGACACACCUCAGCCAUGGAUGGUAUCACGUCUCCAAGAGACAUCAUGCAUGCCAACUGGGAUUUGAUAUUGGCAUAUUGGGAUGCGCGCGACCGAUUGAUUGAAGCCAGCGAAGAUGUUGUCAGGAUGCAGCAUCUGAUGAACAUACAGCGCCAGAUUGAUGAUCCACUGCAUGUGUUGCCACUGGCAAUGAGGAAAAUGGGCAGGGGACAUUCCCCAUUCCAGUAG